GCAGCAUAAUUCACCGACAUAUUUGGGAGCGAGAGCUCUUACUGCAUUUCAAUUCAUUCCACUUCCACGAUUGACAAACGCAGUCUGUGCAGUCGCAAGAUAUUGAAUUCAUAGUUAAUUCCAUAGACAUCAUAGAAGAUAUAAUUGGAGAACCGAAAUCAUUGAGUGAUGUUUUCAUUAUUUUAUGGACUCUGGAAGUACAUGUUCACCAAGAUGGAGUUUCAUGUCCUCAUUCUUGGAAUUGGCAAAGCUGGCAAAACAACAUUACUGGAGAAAGUGAAGUCGCAGUAUUCAAACUUGGAAGGCCUUCCGCCUGACCGGAUUGUUCCAACCGUUGGACUCAAUAUUGGUCGUGUCGAAGCGUCUAAUACGAAACUCGUAUUCUGGGACCUGGGAGGUCAGCCUGGUCUUCGCUCCAUUUGGGAAAAAUAUUAUGAAGAGGCACAUGCUGUAGUUUAUGUUAUCGAUGCUUCUUGUCAAUCUCGUUUUGAAGAUUCAAAAUCUGCCCUUGAAAAGGUUCUUCGGCAUGAGGAUUUGCAAGGAGCUCCACUUCUGAUAUUAGCAAAUAAGCAGGAUCGCGAAGGUGCUGUACCUGCUGAUGAACUUGCUCAGUAUCUGGACCUAAAAAAAUUGAACGAAAGAGAGUACGCAUUUCAAGCAGUUUCGGCAACUGAUGGGCUUGGGAUCAAAGAAAGUGUAAACUGGCUAGUAGAUGCUAUGGAGAGAAGCGAGAGAACAGAUACGUUGCGCGUUCGUGCUGGAUCCAGUGUUGUCUAGAAUUUAUAAUGGUAUAGCGACCUUAUUAUAGAUUCAUAUAUUACUUAGUUUUGUAUUCAAAUCAGGGUUCAGUUUUGUCAUGUGUAUGGUAUGGCAUUGGACCAACACCAAUUUCUAUAGCUUUAUCUAGGCAAAUUGGCUCA